GUCUCAUUAAAUUGCAUGACAAAGAGCAGAAUAGACUUACACUCACUCUCAAGACCUUUUUUUUUUUUUUUUUGACCGAAUGCCUUCAUCUCCUUUAACAUUUUCUCGGGUCUGAACAUAAAACUGCCAUGGUAUUUUACUAUCCCACAAAAGAGAGUCCUAUGAUGUGUUUAUGUACCGCUCUCUGGAUAUUUUGUUGCCAUCUUGCAAAAAAGCAGCGCAGAGAGGCAGCAGCUUUGCCCCACAGGCCCAGCAGAGCUCCUGCCGUGUACAUCAUCCCCAUCUACGAGGGGCAGGAGGACGAGCAGCACGUACAUGAAGCAUAUUUUCCACCUUCUUACAGAGAGUCUCCAGCACACUUCUCCAGGAUUGCCAGUCCACCUCCUCCAUAUAUGCCUGAACCCCCAUCCUACCCGGACCCACCGCCGUCAUAUGUGGACCCUCCACCUUAUUCGGAGCAGCCAUAGUCCUCCUCAUCUUCGUCAUCCUCCACUUUAAACACGCUGUUCCUUGAAAGAAGUGUAGUUUCUUUUACAUAGAAAAACAAAUGACACCGUCACAUUUUUGAGCCCGUCAACUGAUGCCUUGAGCUGAAGGUUCACUCUUGAGUGUAAAUGUACAGAAAAUGAAAACAGUGAAGGUAAACUCUGUGUGGAAUAUAAUAAUAUGAAAGAAAACAAAAUGUUAUAGGUUCUACAUCCUUUUGAGCCUUACAGGCUCCAGUUGCCUCAACAGUUAAAUCUUAAUGACCAGUGUGUUAUUUGGGACAUGUCAGUAUGCAUCUGAGAUUAAUCCACCACAAGUAGUGUGUGUAAAUCUUUAUGUGACUGAUUCUGCAUGUAUACAGUAUGUAUGUACAGAAUGUGUGUUUUGAUACAGAUAGUUUUAUUUUGAUUUACAAAAUACAAUAUACACAUUUAAAUGUGAGUGUAUUUCUCUGAAUAAAGUGAUUU